GCCCAUGCCGGCCGAUUCUAGCAUUUCGCUCUCCAAAUCACACUGAUCGGCGUCGCCUUGUCGUCUUUUUUGAGCACACUCCGUGUGUAUUCCAGAAGCUCGCACUGUAAAACAUUGUCAUCGCCAACUUUGUCGACAGCUUAAGCUGUGCAUAGUACUGUGUAGUUAAAUGCGCCCUUUUCCCCGUCUAUUAAGCUUAGGCUGGUGCAAAAUAAACGCUGUGCCCUGCACGGGACGGCCGCCGAGCAGUGUUACCCCGAGAGUCGGAAUUGAAGUGUCCAUCAUCUCGUCCCAAAUGCGCACGACUCGACUCUCCCGAGUCCGUGCCAAAGCAAUUUUUCAUUACGUCUUUCUCUGCCCGCUGAAGGGAACACAAACUCUCCUGUUUUGGGCAAUCUGCAUUCCGUCUCACAAUGUGAUCCAGCUAGCUGAGGAUCGGUUUCCCGCUGCCAUGUCUCCUGCGGCUCCCAGACUCGACCAACGAUGCACGCUCGUUUUUGUCGUCGCAGGCCCGGGGCCCCACCCGGACGGCAGACACCCCCUAUGCUGUACGGAGUAGCGAGCCGCGAGAUGCGCUUUCACUACAUCGAGUAGAGCUGGGCAAACGCCUCGGGUACGGAGACAGACUUGUUGAGGAUGCCGGAGACUCGGUGAAAGUCGAUUCUCCAUGUCGCAUCGCGAUGACAGUCAGCGCAUC